AUGCGCGCCGUCAUCUGCGAAUACGCCCGCGUCAGUUCGGCGGGGAUCCGCACGUGCUUGCCCUUCUUACGCGUUCAUGUCAGCCCGUUUAAGAUGAACACCGACAGAUUAGCCAACAUUUGCGCCACGUUCAACUUCAACCCCCCCGCCUUCGCCACGACUCGAAUGGCAGAGCCGCGCGUUUGA